CAAAUAUCAGUCGUAUUUUCAUACGCUAAUAAUAGUAAAGAACGCCACUAUGACCCGGAAGUGAAGUCCACAUUACCGAAUAUUACCGAAGUGUAUCUCCAUCAGGAGAAUGUCUUCGAAAAAUAGCAAUUAAAUUCGUCCCAGUUGAGGACUAAAUUCACAAGAAAUUAAUGAAAUGACAUCAAGAGGACACCCAUCUAUAUCACCCUCGGAUCAGAUACCUCAACAACAGAGACAUAAUUCAGUCUCAAACACACCACCUCCUGCACAGUAUUAUCAAGCUAUACCACAGGCAUUUGAAUAUCCUCAGCAGCCGCAGCAUCCUUAUAAGGCCGCCUAUGGAAGUGCCAUAAAUGAUAGCAGAACACAAGGCAACAGUGCCAGAGUUGGACCAACCCAACAAGCCAUACCACAAGGAGGGAGCUUUUACCAACAAACUAACCAGGGCAUGAGGAACCCGCAGCCUCCCCCCGCCCAGCCUGCACAGCAAGCCUUGCCUUUGCAGUAUUAUAUAAGUGCACAACCUCAGGGUGGGAGGCUACCAAGACCACCACAAUUACAGUCUCCUGUAAUGUACAACCCUCCUUACCAAGGCAAUAAUGUUAUCAUUGUCCCAAAUAUGUACGCAGCACCUUCUUAUCAGAGGGUUCCAUUGUAUCAGCCCAACCCUGCACCAAAUUAUGCUGCUGGAAAUAUAAUGUAUUUUCAAAAUGGAUGGCCUAACCAACCAUUGCAACAAACUGCGGCUCCUUUUGAACCACAGCAAAGGAAAAGGAAAGUACUUGAAAUAACAGAUCCUAAUACAGGACGAAGUAUAACUGAGGAACUUUUUAACAAAAGCCAUACAAAUGAAGCUGAUGAACAUCAUGAAGAACCCCCAGCUGCUACUUCCAAUGAACAAGACAUGCGAAAGCAGUUCACACGCCUUGUGGCUGACAGAUUAAAACCACCUGAAGAUUCUAGUGCUGCUGUUCCUGUAGAAAAUCAAACUUCGAUUGGCAGUGUUCCCACCACUGCCACACAACCUAGUCAACAAUAUCAACAGCCCCCUCAGCAGGUACAACAGCAACAAUCUGCUAUGAUGCAUAAUAUGCACCCAAGUAUGAGGCCAGCUAUAAUACAACAGCCCCCGGCUCCUGCAACCCCUCCUGACUUGCCGGCAUUCAAUGUUAAUGUACCUCCUCCAUCUUUCCGUCAACCCACACCUCCCCAGAUUUUUAACCCCCAACAGCCAAAUUCUAUCCAUCCUAUUCGAGUUCCGCCUCAGCAACAAGUUAGAAGUCAAAUGCCACAUGUUAUAAAUCAACAGUCUAUGAAUCCCCUUCAACAGCACUCUAUACCCCAGUCUCAGCAACAGCCCAUUUAUCAAACUAAUUACUUGCCCCAACAGCAACCCUCCCAGCCUCUCCAGCUACAAAAUUCCAAUCAACAGUCUGUACCCUUGACUCAACAGCCAGCUACUCAGCAUCAAGCAAUUCCUCUAGUUCAACCAGUGUCUCAAGCUGCCAUGCAGCCAGUUCCAGUACAGCAAGUCCAGUUACAGCAGAUUCCAACAGCCCAUGCAGCUGUCAUUGCUGAAGAUGUUUUGUCUCAAAAUAUAAUUGCUGACACCAGUGCUGUUUUUGUUGAAAAGCCAACAGUGAUUGAAGCAGUACAGCAUGACAUUCCUACCAAGCCACCUACUGUGCUUUCCCCUCCAGUCAAGGACGAAUUCAUCAGUAAUGAUCUACAGGAAGCAUCUAAAGAAAAAUCUAAGAUUUCUCCACCAGCUUCCAAAGAGGCAACGCCAGGUGUGGAGGAAAUUCAAACUUCAGAAGAAUACAAGGAUGAAUUGCAAGGAGCAAGCCAAGCUGUCAAGGAUGCUCGCAAAGGUAAAAAGAAAAAGGAUUUCAAUAGAAAAGAACUUGUCGGUAGUGAUAUGGAUGCUUUUAUGGAUCAAAAUGUUAAGGAAGUGAAGGACAUCGACAGAGGUGAUGCUUGUGAUUCAAGGGAAAAUAAUACUUGCACAGUAACUAGUAUUAAUGUAGAUGAAUGUACUAAGAUGAAUCAAAAAGUUCAAGCAACUAACAGUGACUCAGAGAAAGAUAAAGUAUCUGAAAGAGUGUUAGAGGAUAAAGAUGCUCAAACAUCAGUAGCUAAAGACAUUGGACUUAAAACAGACUGUGAUUCCUUAAAUAAUCCUAAGGCUUUAUCUCAGAAAGAAUUGGCUGCACCUGCACAGGUUGAGAGUAAGCACAAAUUAAAGAAAAAGAAGAAGAAAAAAGGACGGAAGACACCACCAAUUCAAAAAACAAAACAGAGUACAUCUGCUAAUAGUUCAGAGGCAAACAUUGAAAGCAGCUAUCAGUGUACUAAACCACCAAAUGAAGCUUCUCAGCUGGAGGAAAAAGAAAAUGAAGCAUCAGAUAUAAGCACAAAGCCUCCACUUCCCCCAUCACACGGCGGCGACAAUAGAGGAUAUCAAGAUAAAAUUGUAAAAGAAGAUACAACUGCAGUUGAAAAUACACAUACCACAAAAGUGUCUACUAAAGAAGAAUCCCCUGAGCCAGCAUUAAGUAGCACUGCCCCUGCUCUAGCCCAAGCCAAAACAGUCACAUGUGAGAAAGCAUUGGAUUCUGCUAUGACACCUACCAUUACCAUUAGUCUCCCUGUUCAAAAUCAAAACCAACCCCCGGCUGAUCAGUUGGCAAAUAAUAUUAAAAAUAAUUACCGUCAUCAAAUACAAGCUGAAAGGCAAAACUCAAAGUCUUUGGAUAAUGGCACACAAGAGGCAACACAGCCAGAUGCUACACCUGAUGAUGCUGUGGUAGAAGAGUUGAAUGAGUUGAAUGAAGAGUUAGAAGCACCAAAGGAUAUGACAAAAAAAAUUGAUGAUGUAAAGAAAGGGCAAUCAAAUGUGGAGGAUGGGACUAAAGUGGAUAAAAAUAUACCAAAAAUUAAAAAAGACAAAGAAAAGCUCAUCUAUGACAGAGCAUACUUAAUGGAACUUCGUGAAUGUCCAUCCUCAUUAGCAAAACCGGAAGGGCUUCCAAAUUUGGAAAUUAUUCUCGACAAGCCUACCAGCUCUAAUAGAACUAAAAGUGAUGUCCUAGAUUUUACUCCUGCAUUUUUCCAACAAACUUCAACAAACAGGCACCCACCACAGAUUGGAAAAAGCAGCAGUCGAGGUAGGCAAAGGCCAGGAGAUGUACCAAUGCCUCAGCGAAUUAUCAAAAGUUAUUCUUUAUCUAAUGAUGUUAAACCAUUGCAUCAAAGUGAAAAACCUUGGAAGCCAACACCAAAGCAAUUAUCAGCUGGCGAAAUAGCAGAAAAGCGUAAAUCACUUGAAGCAGAGAUACUGUUUAUCAUGAAUCGACUUACCCCAACAAACUUUGAACGCUUGGCUGUGGAAAUGAGGGGUCUAAAUAUUACAACUUAUGAGGAUUUGCAAGAGCUGGUUAAAAUAUUUUUUGACAAGGUAACCAUUGAAACAAAAUUUGUUGAGGCCUAUGCACUGCUUUGCAAAAUUAUGGCACCGCUUAAAGUACCCCCUCCAGCAAAUAUGAAAGAUAACCAAUCUACUUUUCGAGUGGUUAUGUUAACCAAAUGCCAGCAGGAAUUUGAAGCUGAUAAGGCUGUUGUGUUUGAGGAUCCGGAAGAGAAGAAGAAGAAAAUUGAAUCAGAAAUGCCUGAAGGGCCGGAAAGAACAGAAUGUAUUGAGAAUACCCUGUAUCAGAUGAAGAUGAAGAGGCUCAAAUUUUAUGGAAACAUCAGGUUUAUUGGAGAACUUUUCAAAUUGGGGAUGUUGACUGAAAAUAUUAUGCAUGAUUGCAUCUACCGUCUGCUUAAAGCACGUGAUGAUGAUUCCUUAGUAUCUCUGUGUAAUCUUCUUACUACUGUUGGGCAGUUACUUGACACAGAUAAGGCAAAGACAAGAAUGGAUCAGUAUUUUGCACAGAUGUCCAAAAUUGCAGAAGAGCGAAAAUCAAGAAUCAAAUUUAUUCUCAAAGAUGCUAUUGAUUUAAGAAGUAAUAACUGGGUACCUCGCAAAGAGCAAGCAGGUCCCAAAAAAAUUGACGAGGUGCACAAAGAUUUCCAGCAAGAGCAAUUUACAAAACAAUUAAUGCAGUCUCAACCACCACCACCAAGAAAUGACAAUGCUCAACCAAACAGCAGACGUGGAAGUAGACAACGUCAAGAAGAGAUGAAACAGCCUCUUGAUGAUGGAUGGAACACAGUAGGAUCGAAAUCUUUAAGGAUAGAUGCCAGCAAGAUGAGACUUUCUAAGAAUGUUGUUGAUGAGAAUAGUAUUCAGCUUGGUCCUGGUGGCGGAACCAAUAAAUUCUCUAUGUGGAGUAGAGGUAGUUAUGGUGGUGCUCAACCAUCAACAGAUGAUAGACCAGCUCCUGCAACUAAUCGAUUUUCAUUACUACGUGGCGAGGAAGACCGCAGAAAUUUUCAGAGAUCUCCUUCUCGUGGUGAUAGUGUUUCUAACAGAGGCAUGAGGCAGGGGCCAACAGCUGGUCAUGGUCGUGGAAAGAUUUUAACAAGAUCAAGCAAUGAAGGAGAAAGAAGAGAAACUCUAGGAGCAUCUAGGCCAAUGACUGGUGGUCGAUCUCAGAAUUCAAGUAGAGAUAGCAGUUGGAAUCGUGAUGACCAUCGACCUUAUGGACCUAGAGGCUCAAGAGAGGGAGAGAAUGUUAUGACCCGUAGUGAUAUAUCAUUGCGUCCUAACUCAGAUUCCCUAUUACCCCCAACCACAGUAUCACCAGUCCCUGGUGCUGAUGAUCAGUCUGUCAAGAAAAUGAAACCUCUGUCACGUGAAGAAAUGGAAAAUAAAGCUAAAAUCAUUUUGGAAGAGUUCCUAAGUGUGAAGGAUCUUGAAGAAGCAAAAUUAUGCCUGAAAGAAUUGGAGGGCCAAACUUACCUUGAAGUGUUGGUUAGUUCUUGUAUAAAUGAUGUUCUUGAAAAGUCAAAGAAAGAGCGUGAUAUAACAGGCCAGUUUUUCCAUGAAAUGGUUAAAAAUAACCUCAUACCCUGUGUUACAUAUUUCAAAGGCUUGUCUGAAAUUUUGCAAUUUGCUGAAGACAUGGUGAUAGAUAUUCCAAUGAUUUGGACUUAUUUGGCUCAGUUAAUAGUCCCUGUUCUAAUUGGUGGUUCAGUGCCUUGGUCUGACCUGAUACAAGUACUUCAAACUAGCCUUGAAAAAAGUUGCUGUUUAAAACUUCUAACGGAAAUUUUAUUACAUGCCAAAAUUAUUACUAGCGAAGCUGAUGUGGCCAGAAUGUGGCAGAGCAGCAACCUUGAAUGGUCUCAAUUUGUAGAUCAGUCCAAUGUAACCAAAUUCCUUGAAGACAAAAAGCUACAAUUCACAAUAGCCCCAGUGAAUGAAAGUCAGUUGACUGUUCCAACAUCAGGAAUAUCUGAUGUUGCUAGAGUGAUCUCUCAAGUUGAGAAAAUGUUGAAAGAAAAUGAACACAAUGAUGCUAUUAAAAAAUAUAUUAAUGAAGUUUUACCUGAAAGUAAAAGAAACAGUGAGUUUAUAAGAGGACUUAUGUCUGCUGUAGCCGGUUCCUCUAUAACAGGUGCAAUGAAAACAAAUGAGGAUGUAAUUAAAGCCCGUAAAGACAUUUUACAACAAUAUAUUAAGACCCCUCAAAUGGAACUUCAGGCCCUUUAUGCUAUUCAGGCUCUAAUGCAUAAAUUAGAGCACCCUUCAGGUGUCAUAUUUUCACUGUUUAAUGUUCUGUAUGAUGAGGAUGUGAUAAGUGAAGAAACAUUUAAGAGUUGGGAAAUAAGUACAGAUCCUUCAGAAGCUGAGGGAAAAGGGGCCUGUUCAAUGCAACUGACACAGUUCUUCACAUGGUUAAGAGAAAAUGAAGACCCUGAAGCUGACACCCCAUCUUGAAACUAGUUUAACUUUAGUUAGCUUAUUGACUAGUAAUACUGUUCGUCUUUUCAAUUUGAAUAAGAUGUCUGUGAAUAUAGGAAAUGAGAUAUAGUACAUGCAAGACUGUAUAAUAUUCUUUACUUGCCAAUAUAAAAACAUUGUUACUUUCAUACCCUGUCCUACCCAAUCCAAAGUUACAUAUAUUGAUAAUUGAGUGUUAAACAGAAGAAAAGUAUUUAUAUUUAUUGCUGUCACUUCAAAAGUCACUAUAUGCUGGCCAUAGUUAACUGACUUAACACUGUUGAGGAAGAGAAGUGGUUUACAUUGGCUUGGGUAGGACUAAUUUAUUUAACUUUCAGAGACUGUAAAAAUAUUCCUAAGUGAUGUAAAUAGUUUUAAAGCAACUUUUAUGCAUGUUUCACUUUCAUCUGACUUAUUUUCAUCCGUUUGAAAUAAGCACUUAUGGAUAUGUUAUUGGUCAAAUGUUUUUCAGAAACAUGAAAAUUUGAUGGCAGAGAUUUUUAAAUGUGAAAGUGAAUUAUGUUGAUUUCUUUAUUAACAAUAAAAAUCCCUGCUGUUCAUUUUUAUUCAGCUUUCUAAAAAUAAAAUACAGUAAAAUCAGAAUUAAUUUUAACUAUUUAAUCGUAUUCUAACACAAAUGGCAAAUUAUUCAGCUACAAUAAUUAAAAUGGAAGCAACUGGAGACAAUGGGUUUGGUAUAUUAGUGUUUAUUUUUUAAAUGUUAAAUGCAGUAUGCCAUCCUGCUUGUUUGUAAUUUGUAUCACAUUGAGUUCACUAUUUUUCAAAGAAACAUUUUUAUUUUUUGUUAUAAAUUCCCACAUGGCAGAAAAUUUUGUACUUCAGAAUAACUGAAACAAACUUUGACAUAUUUUUCUUAAUGGUUUAUACAGUAUUUUAUUCAUAAAAAGCCAAUGUUGCCUAUAACUUCAGGGCUCACAUAAAAUUAUCAAGCUUAGUAUGGUCAGCAGUUGCCACUAUUUUUUCCAUAUUUUGGAGAAACAUUGAAGUUACUGUAUUGUGCUGUGCUAGAAAUGUACGAAAUAGGUGAAAACUUUAUUACAAGUAAUUGCUUACAUUUUUGAAAACCUUGAUAAACCAUUUACCAAAUAACUGGUCAAAACUGACAUCUUCCAUGUCGCAAGCCUUUCAAAUUAACUUCACAUUUCUAGGGACUAGCACUUUUUUUUGAAGCAUUGUUUUGAUGUUUUAUGCCAAGAUGGGUUUUUUACUUCACUUGCCUUAACUCAAUUCCAGGAAAUAUUUCUCUAAGGGUAUCAUCUGUCAUUUUAGGUGAUGGUUAUUUUUAAGUCAUGUGCAUGUAAUACUUGACAUACAUGAACAGUGUGUUAAUAGAUUAAGAGUAUGAAUGAAACAUUCAGUGUUUGAUUUUUGUUUCUGUUGCUGUCCGUAGAAGAUGCUUUUAAGCUGUAACUUUUCUUUAAAGCUUUAUUUGCAGUAAAGAUUUUCUGUAAGAUUGCAUGAAUCUUUCAGAAAUAGAUAUGUACAUCUACAACCAAUAAUUGCACAUGAAAGCUAUUUUCUUUUUGACAAGAAUUUUGUGGUCAUGCUUAUAAAAGUGUACAUAGUUAUUUAUGAACUGUAAUAUAAAGUGUUUAAAAACAAAUUUUUUUCUUUGAUGUGGUAUGACAAAUGCAUACAUAACCUACAUUGACAUUCUAUUUGCUUAUGGUAUGUAAGAGGUCUGGCUACCCAUGGUUGAAUGACUUCUAUAUUACAUGCACUGGUGGAGGGGAUUUAAUCUACCCUUUUUAUGAUUGAUUGCCUGCUCUCCCUUUCACAUGUAUUUCAUAGAUGUUAGUAUUAAAAUAAACAGUUAAAUAAUAGCCAUUGGUCUUGAUGGGAGUGAGCUAUCAUUCAUUUGUAAUGAAAUCUCCACUCUGAUCAAAAUGUUUGUUUAAAUGUAAAAAAAAAAAUUUCGUCAAUUUGUUUUAUACAUAUCUUUUCUGGGAUUGUUUUUCUUUGAUAUUUGUUUUAGUUACCUACUAGAUAACAAGGGAGGGGAAUAAAAAAUGUUUUCCGGUCAUUUUUAAGCUACCAGAAUUGCACAGUUUUAGCAGUCAUGUUUUUACAUAAAAGUAUGAGCAAUGCCUGCUGGAGCAAGAUUGACCAAUAGAAUGAAGUUCAAAUGAAUUGUGCUGUCCUGGACUAUAUAAUCAUGCAUAAUUAUAUGCAAUUGUACUUUCUUCAUUUUGUAAAUACAUUUUAAAUUGAUUUUCGAGAAAAAAAAUGAAAAAAAAAACUUAUUAAAAAAAACUAAACUUACAAAAA